UAUGAGGAGGUUCGCGGAGAGCUGCACUCCGUACAGAGAGAGCUCCAGAGUGUCCAGGAAGAGGCCCAGACGGCCAUAACCAGUAAAGAGCACUUGACCCAGGAGCUUCACACCAGGCAGGCCCUAGUAUGUGCUCUAGAGGGGCAGCUGGAUUCUGCCCGCAGCCUCAACAGCAAGCUCACCCAGGAGGUCAAAAGGUCAGCAGGAGAGGCUUUUUGUAAACAUUUGGCAUAUUAGGUUUUGUAGUUUUUUUCAUGUCAUCAAUAAAGUCAAGGAUGUACAGAUUAUUAACUAAAUUAGGCGUCUCAGAGUAGAGAUAGACCGGUGUAUGGGUCGGCCGUUAUAUUGGGCCGAUAUGCUUCUUUAGUAAAGCCGAUUUUAAGUCAGGCACAUCCAUGGGCAGCCCGGUGUUGCUGUCCAAUUUUAUUUAAAUGCAUAUUUACGGUCCUGACAAACACCAGCUUAAUAAAUGCUCUAAAACAUUACCGUCACCUGACGUUUGAUUUACUUUGUUUAAGUGUGUUAUUUUAGUAGCGAGCAGUGCACAAAUGAAGCUUAAACGGCUGGUUAAAUUCAGUGUUCAGACACUGAGAAGAAUCACAAAUGUUGUUUAUCCUCUGUUAAACUUUAAACACUGGUGACAUUUUAGCAUCCAGAUAAGGUGGAAAAUGUCUACAUGUCAGCCAAAUACCAGCACAUACCGGCCAUCGACUGACCAUGACCUCUACAUGUCGCAUUUGCAAUAGAUGCUUGGUUGUUGUCUAUCUCAAAGUCGUGUAAUAUCAAUAUAAAUUUAACUUUUCUGAUGUUUUUUUUUUUACCAAGGCUUCACCCAUAUCGGUUUUCUGCAUCAGGACCAUCCUUGUUUUCUGUUUGUGCCGUUUUUCUGUCCUGUGUGUUUUUAUUUUGCUGAUGGUGGUCGGAGGGACCGGUGGCGCCUGUGCUCGGCAGCUUCACCUCUGUCAGCGCGCCCCAGGGCAGCUGUGGUUACAUCGUAGCUCAUCACCAUCAGUGUGUGAAUGUGUGUGUGAAUGGAUGAAUGAUACACUUUAGUGUAAAGCACUUUGGAGUCCUUACUCUGAGAGGCGCUAUACAAGUGCGGGUCAUUUAUCAUUUAUUCAUCCCUCUUUUUGUGGCAGGCUGGAAGCUGAGCUGGAAAAGCUGCAGAACAGCAGCCGGCUGGUCGACACCACUCUGUUUUCCACACCCUGUUGGAGCACCACAUCACCCUGGGAACACAAUGGGAGCAAGCAGGAAGAAAGGUCUGGGCAGCGAGAUGACGGACAGAGCCGAGCACAUCGCAUCCGACAGCUCCAGUUCUCAGACAUGCCCUCGUCUUCACCGCAACCCCACCGCCACCCUUCCGAUCAGUCGGACAUCUUUUCCACACCCUCAGCUGUGUUUCCAUGGGAACGGGACGAUUCCAGACCCUCAUCCAGGAGACGACCACAGCCCUCUCCCCAAAUGCCCAGCCCUGACGCCAGGACCCAAGUCCGGUUGGAGCGGGGGGUUGGUGGGGCAGAGAAGACUGACAGAGACGCAUCUUCGUUAGAAAUGCUGAGUCGACUCUCAGCUCUGGAGAAAGAACUUUCUGAUAAAACGGGAAUGUUGAAGUCCAUCCAGAGGGAAGUGGUGCAGACUAAGAAGGAGCUAGCUGCCAAAGAGAUCAACCUGCAGAAAAUCUGUGACGAGCUCAACACGACACACACACGCAUGUCCCAGGACAGACAACGGGCGUCAGAAACGGAGCAUCGACUGAAGCAGCUUCAAGAGGAGCUGAAGUGUCAGAGACAGAAUGCAGAGAGCAGUCGACUGCAGCACCAGCAACGCACAAAAGAGCUGGAGAAACAGCAUCAGAGGGAUGUAACAGAGCUUCAGAAGGAGAGGCAGUGUCUGGAGAAGCAGCACCAGCAGGAGGUGAAUAAGCUGAAUCAGGAGCUCCAGCAGGCUCAGAAGUCCCACAAUGCCCUUCAGGCCCAGGCUGAUAAGCUGUCUCUGCAGAAGCAGACGUUGGACAAAGAGUUGGACACGCUAAAGGAGAAACUGAAGUGGACGGAGGAGCAGCUGAAGGAAAGUCAGAAGAAAGAGGCUCAGACACAAGCUAAGCUGACAGAAGCACUGCGUGAGGCAGAGGGUGUGGCUGUGAGUUUGGAGCAAAGCAGGAAGAGAGAGAGAGCUCUGGAGGAGGAGGGGAGGAGACUGAAGGAGGAGCAAGAUGACACCCUGCGUCUCCUCAAAGAACUGCAAGAACAAAAGUCCCUUCCACAACCCGUCCAGUUCUGCCCUGUUGGACAGAGUUUUCCAUCUCAGUCUCCCUCGGUUCAGCCUCCUCGACCUCCAGCCCACAGCAAGAGGUCUGCUGCCCCCCAAGCCGAGCAGAAGAGAGAUGAGAGGAGGGGAGAGGUCACAGCCAUUUAUCCUUCUGACAGAGAGCCAGGCGAAGGAAUUGAUACAGAGCACAUCACUGUCAUACGAGCAGGAGAAGGAAGAAAAGGGGAUGAAGAAAGAAAUGGAAGUAGAGACGAGGCAAUAAAAUGGGAUGUUUCUGAUACAUCUGUCACCUCAUUUGGGGAAGGAGCAGCAGAUGUUGGACUCUCACCUCUGGCACAAAGUUCAACUAUGUCUCCUGAAAACACAAAUGUUGUUAUGUCUAAACAGACAGUCCAGUCUGAAGACCUAAAGAGGGAAAAUGCCCAGCUCCGCGCUGAGCUCAGUGACACACGCGAAGAGCUCCAGAGGAGGCUGGAGGACCUGGAAGCUCAACGACGAGCCGAGACAGAAGCCAGGACACGACUCAAACAGCUCAGCCGCAAACGCACCAGCCAGGCAGCUGAGAGGGAGGAGAAGGACAAGGAAUGGAAGGAAAAGCUGGAAAACGAGAAGGCCGAGACAGAGAAACUGAAGAGGAACAUUGCUGUUCUAGAGGCCGACAUCAAGAGAAGUAGAGAGAAACAAGACAAGGCAGAGAGAAUAAAGGAGGAAGAGGAGAAAACCCAGGCACAAGAAGACAGGGAGAGUGAACUGAUGGAACUAAAUAUCCAGCUGAAAAAUCAGCUAGCGAUGGUGAAAGCUCAGCUGGCUUUAGAACGGGAGGAGCGAAAGCUAGAGGAAGAGGAGAGGAACCAGAAGAUGAACACAGACUCUGAUGAGAAUAGUGAGCUGAGCAUGAAACUGGCGGAGAUAAUGGCUGAUGUUGAGGUCCUGAAACACACAAGAGGAGAAGCAGCAGAAGAGGAAACACCCUCAGCUGAUAGCAACCACUCUCAGAUGGGUUUCCUUGACGAUGAGCUCAACUCCAACGUUGUUCCUGACAACAAACCCGCCUCACCAGAGGAGGACGCAGUCGUCUGUGAGUCCACCAACCAGCUUAACACACUCAUGACCACAGAAGCAGAUCUCGAGAAGAGUCAAAGGAAAAACACUGAACAGAACAAAACUGGAAAAUUCUUCUCUUCUGGCUUCCAGAGGGAUGAACUUGUGACCUUUGACCUCGUGAAAGAAGUAGAGCACCUGAGAAGGAAAUACUCAAAAGAGUCGGAACGUGCUAAUCAGUACCAGGUUAAAUUUGAUGCUCUGCAGAUUCAGGUGACACGUCAGACCAAGGAGCUGACGCUGGCCUUUGAGAAGCAGACUCAGCACAUCGCAGGCCUUCUGGUUGAGCUUCAGGAGAAGGACAGUGCCCUCUUCAGUCUGGGAGAGGAACUGAUGCGAUGCAAGCUAGAGCUGGAUUCACUAAAAAAUGAAGGAAAGGAAAAGAUGGCAGAGAAACGAAGCGAUAAGUCAGAAGUGACAGAACUCUUACCCGAACAAGACAAAGAGUGUGUUGUUGUUUUUCGUUCUGCAGACAGACCAGCUGGUGUGAGUAUGCAACCAAAGAUUGAGACUGAAACACCAACGUGUGAUGUAACAGAAGAUGAGAGGGAAGUAGUCACCUCUGAGCAACAGGAACCGGUCUCUGUAGACCUGAACACAUCCCAGAGUUAUCAGCAGUCUGUCUGUGAGGUGCCAGGAGGAACGGCAGACGUGUUUACAGAACUGAUCACUCUCAGGGAGGAAAAUCUGCUACUGAAACAAAAAUUAGAGGAUUUGAGUGUUUUAGAUGAGAGAAACUCAAUGUUGUUACAGACUGAAAUUGAAAAGCAAGAAGACUCCAUGGAACAAAGACAAAAUACCACUCCUGUCUCAUGUUUGGCAGACCAGGAGACAGAAAGUGUUCUGUGUAAUGGCGGGACUGAGGGACAGGGUUUGGUGCAGGAACAUGUGAAGAAGAGUGAAGAUGAAGAUUUAGAAAGAGAAGAAAGGACAACCUUGAGCAGUGAGAAUGACUCACAGGAAAUGUCUGACGUGCGGGUCAGCCACCUGCAGCAACAGGUGGAGGCGCUGCAGAGAAAAGUGAAGUCUCUCUCUGAAGAGACCCAGACUCAGUCCCAGGAGCUCGCUAGGUGGAGACUGGCCUCCCAGCCAGCACCAGCAUUUAAUGACCUGCAUCACAACCUGGAUGAUCAGAUUCUAGAUCAGAUCUCUGAAGUCAGUCAGUCCCAGUUCAACCCGCAGCCUCCAGACGAACUGACCCAAAGCCAGAUUCAGACUCUUCCUGUCCAAACCCAGGUGCCCAUGUGGGGUUCUCAUACAGGCGAGGACAUCAUCACAGUGAUCAGAGAGGAUGAGUUAUCGCUCUGCAGCUCCUCUAACAAACUACGAGGCCGCAUGUUGUUCUCCAGACUUCAGAACAGCAGCGUACCUGACCCAAAGAGGACCAGUUCUUCUAAAAAAACCAACACUUCUAGGCUUGAUCAGGAAUCUGAAAAAGAAAACCAGGAGAUUUAUGUCGAGCGGUCAGUUGUCUGUCCAGAACAAAGCAAAGUGAAGAGAGACCCGGAGCUGAUCCAUAUUUCAUCACAGAGAACAGCUCAUCCCAGCUUUGCCAAAGAUUCCCACAAAGUCUCCGUGUCAAAUCCGACCAAAGUUGUAGAGUUUAGUGCAGGAACGCCUGAGGCCAAACAGGACUUUCCCAGAGGAAACUCUGAAAUAAACACAACCAGUCAUUUCACAGAAAAGACAGAAAUGAAAAGUGUCUGCAGCCAAACUGAGGAGCGUCCGGCUUCUUCUGACACCCUAAAGGUGUGUGUAAGCACGCAGACUGAGGAGGAGCUGGAAGAUGAAGAAGGAUGGGUGGAAUCUCCUCCCAUUUCUCCUAUUUCCGUGUCGGAGGCGGCUGAGUCAGGUGAUAAAAUGCUGCUUCCGGGUCCCUUCCCAAUCCCAGCUGACCCGGCCCGCCUCGCAGAAAGAAUCAGGCGCAACAGAACACAGCUCUCAGCUGCCUUCGAUGAUACCGAGUAUGAACCGUACGGCCUGCCCGAAGUCGUCAUGAAAGGUUUUGCAGACAUCCCCAGUGGUCCAUCUUGUCCCUACAUUGUGAGAAGAGGGUUGUUAGGAACAACCGUUGUCCCCAAGUCUCAGAAAGAGCAGCAAGAGGACGAGGAGACCGAUUAAAACAUAUGGUGGCAGACGUUUCCAGAUCUCCUGGAUGGAGCUGAUUUCUUUUACGUGGAACGUGGACGACUAAAGCAGCCAUGGACAGACACGUGAAGCUCCUCAGACCCUGAAACAGGACGUUGGUUAAAAGCUGCCCGUGUGCUUGCAGGUAAACGGGCCUGCGCUGACAAGACUAAUACCUCCACCGAAGAUAUCAAACACUUUACCUGCUCUUAGUUUAUCCUGAAAUUGGAGUGUGGAGAUGCUGGAUAAUCAGGCCCUAAAGUCAGGAAUUUGUGAUACUUUUCCAACAUUUUUUUCCUUCCAUGAGGGAAUUUUAACUCGUAAUGAACUGACGGGUCAGGCUUCGGCUCACGUUCAACUAAACAAUGCCUAGUUGAUGUUUUUCUAAACCAGCGCUAGUCGAGAUAAGUCUGACGUGUUUUCCUGGAGGGUUUAGUGGAGAUUUGAGAAAACAACAUAGUUUUUACCUUUUUAACUUCUCCAGGUGUUUUAUUUAUGGUCACUUGAAUGUGUUUUAGUGAGUUGGGGUUUACAGAAGUCUGUGUGUGUGUGUGUGUGUGUGUGGAUAGUAGCUGUAAAUAUGAACAUAUGUGUCCUCGUCUUUGCGCUAUUGUGUGUGAGUGUGAGAGUAUGUGUGUGUGGGAGUGUGUGUGAGCACGUCUAUGACUCAGACUAACCUGCACUGGUUUCCGCUCCAUGUAUGGUGAAUUCCCACUGCGCUCCUUCUCCUCUCUGUCCUGCCUUACUUCUCUGUAGCACACUAACAAACCGUAGUUUCAAGGUGACUUAAACAGAAAACUACUUAGGUGAUGCGUUAUUAUUGUAGAAUACACACAUAAUCGACAGUUUUCACUAUUUUAAACACAACUUAUCUUUGUUUUUAAUUUUAAUAAUAAUAAUAAUAAUACAUCAAACUUAUAUAGUGCUUUUUAGGUCACUCAAAGACGCUUCACAAAAAUGCAAAAUUUUUCUUUGCAGAGUUGAUUAGGUCAAGAGUUGAUGAGUUUUGAAUUGAGCUAUAAUUUCCAGUGUGGUAGCAAAUUUCACCUUUAGUUACCUUCAGGACCAGUUUACGUAUAGAUUCAACUUUUAUUGGGUUUUUUGGUGGAGCCAAAGUUACUUGAACAAAAACAUAAUCAUAAGAAGUUACAGGGUUUUCAUUCAAAAACACACUUAAAGUAACAGGAAACAAAAAUGUGUUUGGCAGAGAACGAAGUACCUGAUCAUAUCACUAAUAAUUAAAGCCACAGUUUAUACCAAAGAUUUCUUUGUUUCCCGAUCUUCUGUUUUAUUUUUUGGAUAUUUCGAUGGGAGAAAUGAGUGGAACCAAUGAGCUAAAGUCACAUCUUCUGUUGUCUCAGAAAAAGCUCGACCUCGUCUGAAUACAGUCAACGUGAGAAUUUAAUUAGAUGCAGAUUCAAAUCUGUUCUUUUAUUUGUUAAAAAACACUCAGAUGCAGCUGCAGGCACCACAGUGCUGCAGCCGUCGUCCUUCUGGGAUUACGCACAAAAACGUCCUCUCUGGUUCUCUGGGCAAAGUUUUCUUUUCCAGCUUUGGUGGAUGGAAACUAAAAGAUUUACCUCUUUGUUUGUCUGACUGCUUCACAUCAACUUGAAACUGCUUUUAGAAAAUAGAUUUUUAUUAGGGUCAUAUAGUUUAUGAAUAUUUGAACUGAACAUUUAUUAUUUUAUUUUAGUGGAGACAUGAGUGCUUUAGGUAAAUUGUAAAACAUAGUGAGGUUGAACUUGUAAUUCUCUGCUUUAAUGAAGACACAGAUGUAUUAGAAGUUUUUGUUUUAUUUAAAUGUAUUUGUUUGUCUCCUGGGCAUUGCUAUCAACUCUGUUGCUAUUUAUCUGCUAUGUUGACCCCUCCUCACACACUCACACACACACACACACACACACACACACACACACACACACACACACACCCCUCCCUGCCUGCGAAUAUCUCUGGGAUCUGUAGUUCUCUGACACUGAGGUGGUUUCGUCUGUGUUAGCAGGGAAACUCUGAAUUUGUUGCCUCAGACACUUUUAUGUGGGUGUAUCUGUUUUGUGUGUGUAGCAACAAUAAAAGUCCUGCUUUUAUUUUAA